AUGGCUAAGUUUGUGAUUCUCCUGGCGUUAGUCGCAGCUAUUGUGACACCAGGAUACACCUAUGGACCAUACGGUGGCUAUGGGGGUGGCUACGGUGGGGACUACGGUGGCGGUGGACACGGCGGGGGCUACGGCGGGGGCUAUGGCGGGGGCUACGGCGGCGGCUACGAUGGGGGCUACGGCGGUGGCUAUGGUGGCAGCUAUGGCGGUGGCUAUGGCGGCGGCUACGGAGGCGGCUAUCACGGACACGGCCACCAACACGGUCACCAUGACUAUCACGAGCAUCACAAGCCUCAGCACCAGGAGGAAAAACAUGAACAAGAACAAAAAGUUGAAGGACAGAAAGUAGUCGAAAAAUACCCAGGAACGCCGACAACUACUGGGACCGUCAUCGGUGCUAUUUUAGAAGAAAAACAGAAAGAAGCUGCUGCUGCUCAGACCAGAUUCAAGCAAGACUUUAAUGGGUACAAACGUGAAACUGCAUCCGAAACUCAGAAAGGUCAAGUCAGUCUCUCCAGCCAGGCUUCCACAGCGAGUGCACAAACUGGGUCCGCACAAACUACUUUUGAGAGUCAAAAAUCUGUCACUCAAAAGCCACAUAAUCAUGAAUACGGCGGCCACCAACACGAACAUAAACAUGAACAAACUCACAAAGUUGAAGAACAGAAAGUUGUAGAAUUAAAGCCUGAGAUACAAGAAGCCAUUGCUAGCAUCUUCAAUCAACAUAAAGAGGAACAAAAGCAGGAAUCUGUAGCCCAGGCUGCUGUCAAACAAGAGACCAGUGGAUUCAAACAGGAAGCUGCAUUUGAAACUCAAAAAGGAGCCCAAGUCAGUGUAUCUACAGCGUCAGCGAGCGUACAAACUGCUUUUGAAAGCAAGAAAACAGUGACACACAAACCAGUUACUGAAUACGGCGGCUAUGGUGGUAGCUAUGUUGGCUACCAAGGGGGCCACAGCCACCAACACGAGCAAAAACAUAAACACAAGGUCGAAGAACAAAAAGUAGUCGAUAAUAAACCUGAAGUGCAAGAAGCUGCAAUUGCAACCGUGUUUGGUGCUCUUCAAGAGGUACAACAGCAGCAGGCAGUCGCCCAGACCAGCUUCCAGCAAGAGUCCAGUGGAUUCAAACAGGAAGCCGCAUUCGAAACUCAGAAAGGCGGCCAAAUCAGUGUCUCCAGCCAAGCGGCAACAGGAAGUGCACAAACUACUUUUGAGAGCAAGAAACCCGUAACACAAAAGCCUGUUACUGGGCAUGGAGGUUAUGGCGGCUAUGGUGGUAGCUACGGUGGCUAUCAUGGGGGCUACGGCCACCAACACGAGCAAAAACAUAAACACAAGGUCGAAGAACAAAAAGUAGUCGAAAAUAAACCUGAAGUGCAAGAAGCUGCCGUUGCAACCGUGUUUGGUGCUCUUCAAGAGGUAAAACAGCAGCAGGCAGUCGCCCAGACCAGCUUCCAGCAAGAGUCCAGUGGAUUCAAACAGGAAGCCGCAUUCGAAACCCACAAAGCAGGCCAAGUCAGUGUCUCCAGCCAAGCGGCAACAGGAAGUGCACAAACUACUUUUGAGAGCAAGAAAACCGUAACACAAAAGCCAUUUACUGGGCAUGGAGGUUAUGGCGGCUAUGGUGGUAGCUACGGUGGCUAUCAUGGGGGCUACGGCCACCAACACGAACACAAACACAAGGUCGAAGAACAAAAGACAUUCGAAAAGAAACCUGAAGAGCAACAGGCAGUUUCUGGAACGGUCAUUGGCGCUUCACAAGAGGCACAUGAGCAGCAUGCUGUCGCCCAGACCAGCUUCCAACAAGACGCCAGUGGAUUUAAACACGAAGUAGCAUUCGCAACUGAAAAGGGUGCUCAGGUCAGUCAAUCCAUUCAAGCUGGAUUCGCGAGCACCCAAACAGCGUUUGUCAAUGCCCAAACUGGAACUGCAACCCAAAAAUCAGUCAAUCACAAGCCAGAUAAUCAUGGAAGUUAUAAAGGCUACGGCCACGGCCAUGGCUAUGGCGGCUACGGCCAUCACGGAUAUGGACAUUAUUAG